AUGCAGUCCUUGCGGAUUGCAUCCUUCCCUUCUCUGCCUCUUCUUUUGCUCCUGGUCGGACUGGUGAUCGUCGAGGGUUUCCCCUAUCCCCGACCGUAUCCACAAACGACACAACUUCGCCGGCUUCCGCGAAGGAACGACUUCGUGGCGUACAACCUGCACCGCAUCAUUCGUCCCCGCGAUGUGAACGAUCUGGGCGUCGAUCAGGCGCGGAAGGCAAUGCACGACGUGCACGAAACGAUCGCUGAGGUGCAGCGGCUGCUGGCGUUGGAUCCAUCGCUUCCCCGUUUGACGAGGGGUGAAAUCGAGGAACUGUUUGAGAAUGUCACGAAGGAAGAGUUCACCAAGUCGCUCCGAGCUGGCGAUCACGGCCGGGCGCAACACAUGCGUGCCCUGAUGCUCGUGCUGCCGUACCACGCGAACAGCAUGUCGCCGGAGAAGCUGCAGCAGAUCUACACCCGGCCUCCGGUGACGCGGAUCGUUGAUGGAGCCACCUCCCAGCAGCUACGACCGACUGGAGGACCACUUCCACCGGCGCGUCUUAUCGCAACCACGUCGACACCGCAACCUCCACCACCGGAACUAACCACCAGGGCACGCUCAACGACUCCCUCCUACCCGGUAACGACCAUCCGCUUUACCACACCCCGUCCGACGACCUUCCAUCCGACGCUUCCGGAACGGAUGGGACUCCGGCAGGAGGAAGUGAACGACCUCCUGGCGUCAAUCGGUCUUUCGCAGAGCUCCGAGGAAGCUUCUCUGCCAAACUUCCGCCCAAUGCCCACCACCGCCGAACCGCUGAGUACGGAGUCGGCCACAACCACGACCACAACGCCAUUCCCAGUGGAGAGUUCAAGCGCCAAGGCUGGAAUAAAUGUGGACGAUCCGAAGGUAGCGCAGGAGCUGAAGGACCUGUUACGCUCGUUCGGGCUACUGAAGGACGACUCGGACAACUCGAUCGGACUCGCGCCACUACCCGGCGUGGAAAACCUGGCCGACAUUCAACCGGCUGCACUCGUCCUGCACGAACCGCUCAGGGUGGAAGAGUCGACUCCGACGAUCGAGGAACCGACGACCCCGAAGGCGUCCACUGGGUUGACUCAAGCGAAAGUGAAACCGGACGAUUACGUCGCCUUUAAGCCACUCCCGAGCGGCACCGGUGGGAGCGAUAAGCCGAUCGACGAGGAGUUGGACGUGCUGCUGAAGUCGUUCGGUUUGCUCGGAGCGGGACCACGCAACAAGAAGUCGAUGCACCCGGCGGAGGGUGUGACCGUGCGGGAAAAGGCGUCCUCCACAGUGAUGAAAUCGAUGCCGGCCAUCAACCCGGACCUCGUGGCGCCCCAGUUAAUGCCUGUACUUGGUACGCUCGGCAUUCAGAUGCAGUCCGCUGGUGGCGGUGAGGACCGAACAUUCCCGGCGCCCGUGUUCCGUAGGAGGGAAAAGACGGGUCGCAAACUGGACCCCCCGACGGCGCACGAUGAGGAUCAGGCGGCGCGACUACGCGUCAGCAACGAAGACUACCGGAAGCUGGAGCAACUGUGGCAAACGGUGAAGCAGCUGGAGAAGCUCAACGAGAACCUUACCGAGGAUUCGCUCGACGCACUGAAUCCGCAGCACUACAACCUGAGCCCAUCGUUGCUGGCACAGCAAGGGCCAGACCCGCUCGUCGAUGGUGGUGACACGCGUGAUCGCCUGAACGAGAUCAAGAAACGACAGCAACCGGCAUCGACAGCGGCGGACUCGAACGGAACCGGCGACAGUCCGACACGCUUUAGCUUGGAGCUGAUCACGGCGAACGGUACCGCUUCCGAGGUGAGCUCGCCGGUCGUGAUCGAAGAUGCAAAGGACGACCAACAGGUACCAACGACCACCGACUCGGAGGAUACGACAUCGACGACGGAAGCAUCAACGACACAAUCGACGACCACCACGACGACAACGACGGAAAGUAGUGGCCGAAAUGCGGCCCUGCUCCAUGACUCCUUCCCUUCGCACGAUCUGGCCGGCGAUCCGGUUGACGAGGAACCGCUGCCACCACCGCGCCGAACCGGGUUCUACUUCCUGUACGACUGGAACACCUUCCUCGAGGUCGGUGAAGAGCCGAACAAGGUCGUCAUACGGUACAAUCCGCAGGCCGGCGAUCCGAGCCGCUUCCUACCGGUCAAUGUGCCGUAA